ACUACUAAGAGUCUCUCCUAGCAUUCUGCCGCCAUUUUCUUCAUCAGUUCUGCGUUUUACAUUCCAGAGAUUGCAUCGAGGCAAGAUGUCGUCCGCAAGUGGUGAUGAAAGUGAGAUCGCUUUAAAUGAACCCGUACGACGUACGAGAUCUAGUCGUACACGAAAGACUACCGUGGUAGCAAAGAAAUCUCCCGUAAAAAAACUUCUAGCAAGGGCAACACGUUCUCCGAAAAAAGUACAAGAAAUCGAAGAGGUCGAGGAAGAGGAACCUAUAUUACAAGAAGAAGUGGUAAUGGAAAGCAUUCCUGAGAAUGGAGUGCAAAGAUUUGGUGAUAUUAUAAUUGAACAGCAUAAUGAAGAUGAUUCCUCUAUGUUACAUUUAGAAUUAGAAGAUUCUGGUGAUACCACUAUUCAUGAAAUCAAUAUGAAUCAGACUGUACAAAUAGGAAUCCAAGAAACUGUACCUGAUUUAGAAACAUCUGCAUCUCAAAUUGAUCAUUCUACUACAGUAUCAGAUCCUAUGAUCAUAGAAGAAAGUAGUAUGGAUAAAGUUGAUAUGUUAAAUGAACGUGAACAAAUGGAUAUGGAAGGACAAGAUAUUAGUAAUGAUGAAACAAAUCAACGUGUAUUGAUAGAUUUUCAAGAAGUUAUGAAUGAUGAUGGAGAAACAAUAACACAAGUGACAGAAAUUCUAGAAACAGAAGAAAUUGAAUCUGAAACUGUUAUAAAUGAAAGUACUGGAAUUGAAGUUGUAGAAGUAGAUUGUCAACAAGAAACAUCGGAGAGUAUAGAAAAUGUUAUAGAAAAAACUGUGCCUGAUUAUGAUAUGACAGAAAUGAUGGAAAUAUCAGAAACAACAGAAGCUGACAUGGAAUGUUUGUCUGAGAAUGCUAUAAAAAAAACAGAACCUGAUACGGAAGCUGUAUCUGAAGAUGAAUUACCUACUGAAGCUGCCACAAAGGAACCUGAAACAGAAGCUGUAUCUGAUGAAGAAUUACCAGCAGCAGCGCCAGCAGAUUUGGGAGAAACUGAAUCAGUUUCUGAAGAUGAAUUACCAUUAGAUAGUGAAAGAAAGAAAAAAAGUGGAACAAAAGUAAUGAAUAAAAUCGCAGAAAAGAAGAACAAAACGGAAGGCACAAAUAAACGUAAAUUAAAUGCAGAAGGAGAGUAUGAUCCUAGUUCACCAACAUCUGAAAAUAAUGAUGAAACACCAGCAAAAAAGGUAGCACUUUCAACAGAAACAGAUCCAGGAGACAAUAAGCAAGAAAUUAAACCAGCAUCACCAAAGAAAAAGACAUUACCAGAAUUAGAAAAAUAUUGGAAAGCUGUUAAUGAAGAUCCAUCAGAUUUCACAGGAUGGACUUAUCUUCUUCAAUAUGUUGAUCAAGAAAAUGAUGCAGAGGCUGCACGUGAGGCUUAUACCAAAUUUUUGGAUCGUUAUCCAUAUUGCUAUGGUUACUGGAGAAAAUUCGCUGAUUACGAGAAGAAGAAGGGCAACCCCGAUAAUGUCCAAAGGGUAUUCGACCAAGGUUUGAAAGCUAUUUCGCUCAGUGUCGACCUUUGGCUUCAUUACAUCAACCACUGCAAAACCGUCUAUGAAAAAGAUGAAGAAAAACUUCGAGAACAAUAUGAAAAAGCUAUCCAGGCAUGUGGUCUUGAAUUCAGAUCUGAUCGUCUUUGGGAAAGUUAUAUAAAAUGGGAAUUAGAAGGCAAACGUCUAAGCAGAGUAACAGCAUUAUAUGAUCGUUUAUUAUGUACUCCAACACUUGGUUAUAUUUCUCAUUUUGAUGCAUUUCAAGAAUUUGUUUCUUCAAAUUUACCAAAUCGUAUUUUAAAUGUUGACGAUUUUCUUGCAUUACGUGCUGAAGUGAAAGCACUUUUGAAAUCGGAUGAUACUACUUCUACUUCAGCAGCUGAUGAUGCACCACCUGGUGAAGAACCGCCGCCACAUGAACUUCCUCCAACUGAUGAAGAAACCCGUGCUAUUAGAGAAAAAAUUAUUAGUAGUAGACGUAAAAUGCAUAAAGCUAAUAUUAAUGCAGUUGCUGCAAGAUGGUCAUAUGAAGAAGGUAUUAAAAGACCAUAUUUCCAUGUCAAACCUUUAGAACGAUGUCAGUUAAAAAAUUGGAAGGAAUAUUUAGAUUUUGAAAUUGAACAAAAAGAUCAAAAUCGAAUAAUUAUCUUGUUUGAAAGAUGUUUAAUAGCAUGCGCUUUAUAUGAUGAAUUUUGGAUGAGAUUUGUUCGUUAUUUGGAAUCCUUGAAAGGUGAUAAUGUGGAAAAAAUAAGAGAUGUAUAUACUAGAGCUUGUACAGUGCAUCAUCCAAAGAAGCCAAAUUUACAUUUGCAAUGGGCUACAUUUGAAGAAGGUCAGGGUAAUUUUGAAAAAGCAGCAAACAUAUUGGAAAAUAUUGAUAAUGUAAUACCAAACAUGUUACAAGUGGCAUAUCGAAGAAUAAAUUUAGAACGUAGAAGAGGAGAUUUAGAUAAAGCUUGUACAUUGUAUGAAAAUUAUAUUAGCAAUAGUAAGAAUAGAACUAUCGCAAAUAAUAUUGUAGUAAAGUAUGCAAGAUUUUUGUGUAAAGUGAAAAAUGAUGUGGAUAAAGCAAUUAAAGUAUUAUUGAAGGCAACAGAAAAAGAUAAAGAUAAUCCAAGACUUUAUUUGCAAUUAAUUGAUUUGGGAAUGCAAAGAACUCCUGUUGAUACUCAAGAAAUUGUCGGAUACAUGGAUAUGUUUAUAGAACGAGAACAUGCUGAUCUAGAACAAAGAGUACUUUUUGCACAACGUAAAGUAGAAUUUCUCGAAGAUUUUAGUCCAGAUAUUCGACAAAUAUUAAAAGCACAUGAACAAUUCCAAAAAUGCAUCAAACAAGCAAAGGAACGAAAAAAGACGAAAAAUGAUGAUACCAAAACAGAUACUUCUCCUCCAAAGAAAGUUAAAACUGGAGAUCAGACUAAUGUACCACCUCCACCUUCUGUAAGUUCACAGUCAUCAUACCAGUAUAGCAGUGGCCCAAGUGGACCUUAUCAAUCACAACAGCAAUUUCAAAGUGGUCAAUAUGGUGGUCAGGGUGGAUAUCAACAAGGUUAUCAACAGUAUCCACCUCCUUCCGAUCCUAAUUAUGCCAACUACCAGAAUUGGCAAUAUGGACAAGGAGGACCUCAAGCAUAUGGACCGUACAAUCAAUGGGGAUCUUAUAAUUACUAUUAGAAGAUAAUACAAAAUUUCUCUUGUACCAGCUUUCAUUGCGUUGCUGUAUCUACUGUACAUUUUAAAAUCUUUAUUUUUUCAUCUAAGGAUGACAGACAACAAAAGAAGCAAAAUUCUUUCAAGUUCCAAUGACACAUCAGUGACCUGACACGAAUAAUAAUAAUAAUAAUAAUACUUGUCGUACUGAUGUUUUUUUUUCAAUACAUAAAUAAUUAUUUGCAUGAAAUUCUUUCUUAAUAUAUUUUAAAUAAUACAAAAGUGUAGGAAAUAUUAAAGAAUUUCCCGACUGAUGUUAAAUAUAUUAUUAAAGAGAUACAUGAUACAGGUAGUUGAUAAAGAAUGCCAUAUGGUACGAAAGAAAGUACAUUAUGUGAAAUAUUCUCCAAAUUAUACUAUUUGCAUUAAGUUUGUAUAAUGCAAUAUUCUACGUCUAAUUUUAUUCCGUGACGUGUUAUUUCUUUAACAGGAGAGUAGCAGUUCAUAAAUGUUACCUACAACUUGUAUAAGUAUUUUUUCCGUGUACUUAGUUUAUAAUAUUAUAAUUUUUUUUUUGCUGAUAUGCGUUAAACGUAUCGCUUAAAAAAAAUUAAAAAUAUAUGUAAAUGGAAAAAUAGAUAUUUGAAUAUCCUAGAGAUACUAGGUAAGCGCACUUUAUGACGUAUUCACGGAAUAAACAUUGUUAAUAUUUGUCAGUACAUUUUUGAUAAACAAUAAGUAAAAGAAGAGAACUACAUUUUUAUAACAUGUUCAGUUAUAAAAAUUAUCGUUGGAAUUAUAUUUUUAAGUUACAAAUGCAUAUUAUUUUGUAUGUUGUAAUUUCGCAUUUGUAAUUAUAAUCUGAAUUUUGUCGCAAUCGACAUAGAAAUCACAUACAUCAAGAAAUUUUCUGUAUGUGAAUUUUUAUAAUUUACAAUAAAUGAAAUUUAAAACUUAUAUAAAUAUUUCUAAUAAUACACAACAAUGCAUUGCUUGUGUUAAUUUAGAAUUUCAAAGAAAUAUAUUUAUGACUGUCGAAAUAAGAAAAAAUAUAAUUUUUAAUUACAUUCUGAA